CGCGGGCUCGGCCGCUCGGCGCUCACUCGGACUCUCGGCGCUCGCUCGCUCGGGUCUGCGUGGCCGGCGGCAUGGAGGGAGCCGCGGCCGGCGAGGUGUCGCUGCACAACUUCAGCGCGCGGCUGUGGGAGCAGCUCGUGCACUUCCACGUCAUGCGGCUGACCGACUCGCUCUUCCUGUGGGUGGGCGCCGCGCCGCACUUGCGCAACCUCGCAGUGGCCAUGUGCAGCCGCUACGACUCCAUCCCCGUGUCUACCUCCCUGCUCGGAGACGCUUCCGACACGAGUUCCACCGGCCUUGCCCAGCGCCUAGCCAGGAAGACCAACAAACAGGUGUUUGUGAGCUAUAACCUUCAGAACACAGACAGUAACUUCGCGCUGCUCGUGGAGAACAGGCUCAAGGAGGAAAUGGAGGCCUUCCCGGAGAAGUUCUAGCGGAACAGCGCAGCUCAUGUAUGGUACUCCGUAAUAAACGGACUGGCUUUCAUUGUGUCAUCAGCUUGCUCACUCUUGGUUGGCUAAGGCCGAUCCUGCCAGGUUUCCCGUGUCAUCAGUGUGGCCUGAGGCUCCUGAUUCAGCUUGGGAAGAGGAAGGACAGGAGGGGUGCUAACUACUUCCUCAUUUGCUCCGGGAAAGGAAAAGGAGUGAAAGUGGGGGUUGCUUGGGCUUGAGGGGUUAGUCUGACCCAAGAAUUCACACUCGUCAGGACCCAGUUAGGGCAUUCCCAACAAGACUUAGUGUAAACGUG